AUGGAGUAUUUAGUGCGGCUCGCCCAAUGUCAUGAGACAUUUCGACAGCCGGAGCUGCAGGCCGUGGCUACGCUGCUCGGCAUUGAACUGGAGACCAUGGCCUACAAUGAAUUUACACCAUUCUGUGUGGUUAAGUUGAAAGACGAAGCAGCGGCGCGCGCAUUGAUCUCGCGAAGUAUCCUGGCCAAGGAUAUUCUGGAACUCUGGGGCCAGGGCACUACCUAUGAAGAGCUACAUGCCGAUGUCCAUCAGCGAACGAAGGACCGAUGGGCAGACUACCACCUCGUCACGUACGCACUUGCUGUUGACUGCUUCGCGGGUAAGCGGAGUACAGCGAAGAAAAGGGAGAUUUUCGAAUCAUUUGACUACUUGAAUCUCAAAGGCGAGGUGCGGAUCAAGAACCCCGACGAGCAAUUCACCGUGGUUGAAGACUACGUGUCAGACGUCGAGGCAAAUGCCAUCGGCACAGAGAGGUCAUCCGAGCCACGGAUGAUUUACAUGGGGCGUUGGCUUGCAAAAAGCCCUCGGGAUAUCAUCCUGACUCACACUCUCAAGAAACGCAAGUACAUCAGCACGACGUCCAUGGAUGCGGAGUUGUCGUUGGUGACCGCAAAUAUGGCUCUUGCGGCUCCUGGAAAGGUCUUCUUUGAUCCUUUCGUUGGAGCUGGGAGCUUUUUGGUGGCGGCAUCGCACUUUGGUGCUUUGACUAUGGGCUCUGAUAUUGACCCUCGGGCUUUCCGUGGCAAGGAUCACGAGCGUAAGGAUGGAAUGGCGAUGCUGCAGAAUUUCAAGCAGUACAAUAUCGUCAGUCAGUUCCUGGAUGCAUUCACAUCGGAUGUCACAAAUACGCCUUUGAGAGAUACCGCUUUGCUGGAUGGUAUAAUCUGCGAUCCUCCAUACGGUGUUCGUGAAGGUCUUCGGGUUCUGGGAACUCGCGAUGGAAAGGUUAUUGAGCCGGUCGUCAUUGACGGAGUCCCUGCUCACUACCGAAAGGGGUACAUCCCACCGAAGCGACCAUAUGGAUUUGAAGCUUUGCAGAGGGACAUCCUUGAAUUUGCAGUUCGCAGGCUCGUCCCCAAUGGGCGGCUAGCGAUGUGGAUGCCGACAGCCAGCGACGAAGCCGUUGAAUUCCCGGUGCCUAUGCACCCGAAUUUGGAAGUAGUCAGUGUCUGUGUUCAGCCUUUCACCAACUGGUCUCGCCGGUUGAUGAUUUACCGUCGUCUACCGAAAGGAGAGACUUCCGACAUCACACUUGGAAGAAGCAGGACAGACGGCGAGGGUGUAUCUGCGGAUGAUCUCAAUGCCUUCCGGGUGAAAUACAACAAGCGAAACAGAACAGAGGAGAAGGAAAAUGCAACGCAAUGA